CUCGGUCCUCAGUCGACUGGCUUCUGGUCCCGAAGACGUUUGUAGUAACAGUACAGUGCGUAUUGUACCGAGAAGAAUAGUUGUGCCAGAUUGCUUUUUCACCCAGCGUUGUUCUCCUCUAGAGUUUUCGUUUCUCGUUGCACUCGUUGCUGAGCCAUACCUGACAUACCUCGUCGCCGGGCCAAGUGCCAAUCGGCACAGUUUGUGUUACACCGUUAUUUCGGCACAGCUCUCACCUGCCUUGUAUCUGAAUUUGGCAUAAUCUGCGGAAUGACCAAAACACCCGGUACAUCGUUGCAGGGUGACGAAUUAUGAGCUGUGUCCAUUUCUGCUCAGGGGAACCGCGUCGAAGAAGUCUUUCAGUGUGCCAUUAGGCUCUGACGAACAAUCCGGAUUAUAACUCCUAUGCUGACGAGGGAUCACUUAAAAUGAUUAUCACGAGCAAAAAUAUGCGCGGACCGGUGAAACCGGUAGCGUUUGCCCUAGUACAGCUGAUAUUCCUGGCCACCUUUGCAUUCGGCGACAACAGCGUUCACGUUCUAUCGUCGUUUGACCAGCUAGUAACUUCUAGCAUACUCAGAUGGUUGCCUCAGAAUCAAGUGGAAAUCGAAGGGAACAACGACCUCGUUACUGGGGGCCUCAAAUUCGCCUCUGGAUCGGAAGUGGAUUCCAGCACAAACUCGAAUCAAACCGAAUCGAGACGGAUAUUUGUCUGUCGGGCAAUUUACAACGCUAUUUGGGUGUCCGGAGGCCAGGUUGAAGGUGAGACACGAUGCGUCGUCACGCUUCUCGGCAACGUACAUUCAUACCACCGGUACGAACUUCUUGUGAACGUUGAGAAUGCCGCGCGCCUCGAAUGGCGCUACUGGGAUAAAUUCAAACCGGUACCCGAGAUAGGUUCCGUCGCGACCGGCGAUGUUGAAAUGACCUACGUAGCUCGGCACGAGGGACCAAAGCAAGAAACCGACGUUGCAAAACAUGGCGUCAGCUUUACCCACUACAUAGGGACGUACGACCCUCGCGACAAUCUCGGCAGCAUGACUUACGUAAAGGAGAACGGUGUCCAAGACUCGGCAAACUCCGGCGAGGUUCUUGUCGAGUGGGAGCCAGUAUCUUACGAACUGAAAUCGGUCAAGUUCAAAAAGUUCAAAGAUCGAAUUAUAAAACGACAGUCUCAGGUACUCGGCGAGGCAACUCUCAGCAACGUUGGCUCAUAUGCGGUGACCGUCGCAAACGCUUUUGCUUACUCUUACAACUAUUCCGCACACUGGGGACAUGGACAAGCGAUGCUCAAAGGACUGAAUACCACGAUCACCCUUGCUAAUAAUACGAAAUUACCAGACAUACAAUGGGGUAGCCAGGUGAACGAGCAUCGCGAAAGCGUUCACACAGUGAAGAAGUACCUCGAGCCGGGUACCGCGGUGAACGUUACACUCAGGGCGAACUACACAGACAAGGAACUUCCCUACACGGCAGAGUUGACCUCGCAUUACAAGGACAAAAAGAAGAUACCACGCACGAUAGAUGGUGUUUAUCGUGAAGAAAGCAUGAUCGAUGUCAAUCCUGAUUUCGGACCUAUUUACUAUCUGGGUAACUAUUCCCUGGUCCCAACGACGACUACGACAACGACGACGACGACGACGACAACGGAAAGACCGCGCUCGCAAUCUGAUAUCGAGGGUCGACAAAAUCACAGCGAAAAAGACACCGAUGACCCCAAUUUUAAUCUGGUUGUUCCACCAGGCGGAAAGGGUACAACAGAGAUGCAGGCCGAUGACGGUAGCCCCCAAUCCCUAAAAAAUAAACUCGAGGGGCGAGGCAGCGCUCCUUGCAUAGUUUAUCCCGAGCUGUUCAUCCUUGCCGGAGGAAUCCUGGUCGCCCUCAGCGACUGGUUCCAUGCAUGGGCGACAUGAUUAUCGCGGCGACGUUUAUUGUCAGUAUAAAAUACCAUUUAAAUUCUCGUUAACGCAAUAUGUAGUAUAUAUAUCACUCGUUAAUACGUGGGAACGAAUUAAUUUUACAUCGCUACAAGUUUACCGAAUAUGCAUACGAUGGCGGAAAUUUCGCGGAAAAUGAGAGUAAGAAAAACGAAACAAGAUGAAAACCUUAAAAAUAAACUGUUCUCUUUGGGUAUGUUACGAGAUGGUUCCUUCUAAUGACGGGAUCUCGGUGCUGACAUCCGCUUGCCUUCAA